AUGAGUGUACAAUCUGGGACGGGACAUGUGGCCAGUGAUCCGUUGAACGACAAGUGCGCCGCAUCUAUGUCGCAAAAAACGGACAUGGAUCCAUCACCAGUUGUUGAAGAUCAACCAGGCGUAUCGGAUCUGGACCUCACCUGGGACUCAGAUCAAGGCUAUGAUGAAUGUGUAUACUACCAUGAAGGAAGUGAUCUAUACGCCGAAGACGUCAACGGUCAGAUGGCGGUACUCCCUGAAGUGCCCGUGACGAGGGAAGAUGUGAAGAUCGAGGACAUUCAGCUAUGGGGAUCUGAUAAUCAGACCCCAGAAGAAAGUGAUCGACUCCGCCAAAGGAUCUGGAAGUUUCGACACCUCUUGAUCGGCAAAGGAAAUUCCCUUGCGCCGGCGGCCAGAGGUGUGGUGUGCGGCAUUGAUGUCGGAGGAGCGAAGCCUAUCGACCUGAAGUGUCGCAAGUUGUGA